CGGUGUUAUGUUCUCAAGCUUGACGGUAUCAGUCCGAGCUCAGCGGCUCACAGUUCCUGAACGCUGGUGCCAACGCCCGGCGAAACAGAAAGCUAACGUUAGCUAGCCGAUAUACGGAGAGAGACAUUGCAGCUCAAAUCAGAAUCAGAAAGCACAGAGAUGCAGACUAUCAAAUGUGUGGUGGUGGGAGAUGGAGCAGUGGGAAAAACCUGCCUAUUGAUUUCGUACACCACCAACAAAUUCCCCUCUGAAUAUGUACCCACAGUUUUCGACAACUAUGCAGUAACUGUUAUGAUUGGGGGUGAACCAUACACCCUUGGCUUAUUUGAUACAGCAGGUCAGGAGGAUUACGACCGGUUACGACCACUAAGCUACCCCCAGACAGAUGUCUUCUUAGUCUGUUUCUCCAGUGUUUCACCUUCCUCAUUCGAGAAUGUUAAAGAAAAGUGGGUCCCCGAAAUAACUCACCACUGCCCCAAGACCCCGUUCCUGUUGGUAGGCACUCAGAUCGAUCUGCGUGAUGACCCCUCUACAGUGGAAAAGCUAGCCAAGAACAAACAGAAGCCAAUCACCCCGGAGACAGCGGAAAAGCUGGCUCGUGACCUUAAGGCAGUGAAGUACGUGGAGUGCUCAGCCCUAACACAGCGGGGACUGAAGAACGUUUUUGAUGAGGCUAUCCUAGCCGCUUUAGAGCCCCCUGAAACUCAAAGAAAGAGAAAAUGCUGUUUGUUCUGAUGUCUUCUUGCAUCUUGCUUUGCCUCUCGGUCGUCUGCUGCUUACUCAUUGUAAAGAAACGUCUAUCACUUAAAAUCUCACAACGCUCUUUAAAACUUUGUGCCCAUUAACUCUUUUCCUUCUGUUCAUGCGUACUUUCUUUUCAACUUGGCCUAAUCACAAUUAUCCGUGCUGCCUGAUACAAAAAGAGUGCCAAUCUUUAGUUCUUGUUUCUGUUGUCAGCACCGCGUGUGCAAGUCUGUGAAAAUGGACAUGACUGCUUUGGUUUUUGUUGUUUAAUUUUUCAUUCUGUUAUUGUCUCAGUAUUGAGCUCUGCAGCAUCAGCUGUGCCCUACAAAGUAUUAAUGCCACAAUCUGUCUUUGACAGUAAUUACCCUUUUCCUACUGCAGCAAACCAUGGGCUUUGUCUUUACUCAGACAACUUGAUCAUGAGAGAGUCUUGUAUAAUGUUAUUUGAAUAAAGGAGAAUUUUGAUCGCCUUGCUCCAUUUCUACUCAGCCUUCUUUUGCAAUUAGUUCCCUGAAGAUAGUAAUUUGUAUUUGGAACACAGCCCUGUUUUGAAUAUUAAUAUUUUAUUUCCACAGAAAGGAUUAAAGAAUGUGUUUGAUGAGGCAAUACUGGCUGCCCUGGAGCCGCCUGAACCUAAGAAAAGACGUAAAUGUGUUCUGCUCUAAGUUUCCUCGCAGCCUUCUCCACACCAGUUUCCAAAUCUAGGUUAACAGUACUGAAGAGGUUUGUUGCACAAGCACAUUCCAACACGAGUGAAGAUAUUUGCUUUCUGACUGACUUAACCUAAAUGCAUAUACAAUGUGUUGAUAACGGUUUGAAGAUUGAGUAACAUUUGAUGCUGUUUGUGAUGAUUUGAAGCCACCGGAAGGGUCUUACGUGAUGUGAACACUGAAUACGUAUCAACUGUAGGUGACAUUAUUAAAUAACCUUUUGACCACAUUAUGUAAAGAGAUCAUUUUGUGUAAAAGGUAUUUUAAUAGAGUGUUUUUAUUAACUGCCCUGUAAACCACAAACAAGCUGAUGAGGGUGUGUUAGUGAGCCGCUCGAAUUAUAUCUCCGUAUAUUCUACUUCUGUGUUUUGUUAUCAAGUAAUUCCUUCAACUCUAUCAUUUAUAUACCAUAUGUUCAGCACUUGAAACACGACUGCAUGUGGUUUAACAGCAUUGACGUGAAAUGACUAGCUUUCCAAACAUUUCUUUGAGAAUUAUGCAUUUCUCAAAGGGUUAACAAGUUGCAGUAUUUUAACUUUUUUAUUUAGGAUUUCAUGCUCAAUGUCAACAUACCCUCCAGGCGUAUCCAAUAAAUAUUUGACAGUAUGACAUUUCUAGGCUAUGCUCCCGUCAGAGUUUGCCAAAACAUAACCUGAUAAAUUGACACUUGUCUUAGUAGAGUUCUGCAAAUUCUGACAUGGCAAUGGAAAAUGUUUGGAGUUUUAAUUCUAAGUUUGAAAUACAAACAUGCAAGAAGUUGGAGCACAAUAAUUCCCAGUCAUUGUUUUUUUUCUGUGUGGCAGACGCGAGUUAACCAGGUGAUGUGUGUCUUGAACGUUUAUCUGAAGUUACAUUGGCUGAACUUUGUCGGAGCAUCCAGCCUAUAACCCUAAACUGAUGAACCAUUUUGUAAACUCAUCAUACUUGCUGCUGAAGUCAGAUAGUAACACAUUGUGAAUGCUCUUACUAAAUGCUAUAGUUUGAAACCCUGUGAAGAUUUUCGAGUGACUGAACUAGCUCUAUUUGCAUUUGUCUUUUACUAUAACCAUGCCUUUAUGAUGGGCUUGAAUUUGAUUUGUAAAUAUAGUGAGAGUAACUCAUAACUUAUUGACUGAAUACAUGUGUGCGUUACCGAUGCAGAUACUUAAGAGACGCUGAGAUCACGCUGAUUUCAAACAACCAGGGAAAUGUUGAGAGAACAAGUUGCUUUGACCCUUUGGUUUUUAAUCAAGUUGACAUCAAAGUUGUAUCUUGCUUGUAAAGCAUCACAAUAAACCAGUAUUAUGAAUAAACCUAACUUCAAAUAUUA